AACACUGGUUUUGUGGUAAAUCGUGUUCUGUGGCCGUAAAUCAAGCGUGCUGUCUACUGUCCUGUCUUGUCGCCAUUUGUAAAUUUUUGGAACAUUUGAUCUAAUUUUAAUUAGGACUGAGAAUUUAAUUCUCCCUUUAUUUUUUGUACAUAACAAUCAAAUCUUCCAAAGCAAUUAUGGGAGUGCAGGUUGAAACACUUUCCGCAGGCGAUGGCCGAACUUUCCCUAAGACUGGACAAACUGUUGUUGUUCACUAUACGGGUACCUUACAAGAUGGACAAAAAUUUGAUUCAUCAAGAGAUAGGGGAAGUCCAUUUAAGUUUCGAAUUGGCAAGGGAGAAGUAAUCAAAGGAUGGGAUGAAGGGGUUGCUCAAUUGAGUAUUGGACAAAGAGCUAAGUUAACUUGUUCUCCAGAUUAUGCUUAUGGGGCUAGAGGACAUCCAGGAAUCAUACCUCCAAACUCAACACUUAUUUUCGAUGUAGAACUUUUAGAAAUAGAGUAAACUCAGAUUGCCUUAGGGAAUAUAAAAACGAAUUUAGUCUUACAUUUGUUUCUAGAAAAUUUGAUUCGUGUUAGAUAAACCAAAAAUGGGCGAAUCAAAUUUUUUAUUCCUAAAUGUAUAGCCUAAAAACGUCUGUACCAAGAAUCAACCAAUAGUCAUUUUGUGAGAAAGUAAAAUUUUUUUCGUUAUUUUUAGAUCCUAUAAAAAUGUUUAAUGUAUUAUUUUUAUUGAAGUUAUUGGAGAUCUAACACAGCUUUCAAUUUAUUUCAUUGCAUUUAUAGGUGUUGUGAUGUUCUAAUAAAAGAAUUUGAUGUCAAUUAU